AUGGAAGAUCCAAAAUCUCGAAUCAAGAUCAAAAUCAAGUUCGACAAGAUCGUCACAUGGUAUAAGAAAUUCAGAUUUCGGAGGCUGCCGGAGAAGAAGAUUCCGGCGCCGGCGGAGGUUGCUCCGCCGUGGAUUGAUCUUCCGUUGGAUGUGACGGCGGACAUCCUGCACCGGCUGGGGGCGGCGGAGAUGCUGGAGACGGCGGAGAAGGUGUGCAAGACGUGGCGGAGCGUGUGCCGCGACCCGAGCAUGUGGCGGGUCGUCGACGUCAAGAACUCCGGGUCGUGCUACGACACGCGUCGCCUCGGGAGCCUGUGCCGCCGCGCCGUCGACAGGAGCCGCGGCGAAUUGAUGGACAUUAACGUUGAGUAUUUUGGCAAUGAUGAACUUCUUCACUACAUUUCCCUAAGGUUGUUAUUCCUUUUACAUACAAUCUGUCCACGAUUUAAAGAGUCAUUUUAUUUCGAUGCAAACUUUAAGUCAAGUAAGCUGAGACGGCUCCGGCUGUCGUGCUGCAGAAAGUUAGCGGGGAAAGGGCUGAGCGAGGCAGCGAAGAGUUUCCCGCAGCUACAAGAGUUGCACAUCUUAUUCAUGAACCAAAUCGACAUUGAAGACGUCGAGGCCAUCGGUCUCCAGUGCUCCAGCUUGAGGUCUUUUACGCUCAUUAAACACGAUGCCAUCUCCGGAGUCGGAAAUGGCAACGAUUGUUUAGUAGCGAUUGCAAAAGUGAUGCCCAAUUUAGUUCAUCUUCGACUUGGCUUCUUCGGCUCUACCAUCACAAAUAAAGGAUAUCAGGCCAUUCUUGAUGGUUGUCCAAUUGUUGAAUCACUGAAUUACUUGGACGACAAAAGAGUCGAGAUGCGUGGACAAAGCUCUUUACAAAAUACCAAUAUGAUAUGUGUCAAAGAUGAAUGA